AUGGCUACUACUGAAGGUCCUGCAAGGGUGCACGACCGAAAUGCACGUCGUCGCCCGUUCUCAAGCUGGAUGAAGCGCCUGGCGAACCUCAAAAGCUCCUCCGAUUCGACAUCAAACCGCUGGUCCAACAAGCGCCAUAUAAACAAUAAGGGCAAGAAGGGCGACCAAGGCAACAAUCCAUAUCCUCUCUCUGGAACGAUCAAUCGUCACACAGGAAACCAAACACCCACCGACUCGUACACAGAUCAAAACUAUGGCUCAGAGUGUCGCUCGCGAAGUGGAUCUUCUAUGGUCCUAUCGAAUUAUGAUAACCCGGCUCCUAUGACCAGUGCGAAAUCGAAUGCGCCGACUAUUUCGACGAACGGUGACACCACUUUCUCCGAAGCCGCCUAUUCAAAGGCUGGUACCUUGACAACUGGCACUGAAGGUUUCAGUACUCAUGGAGGGGGGGAGGGUAGCACGUUUUCAUCGCCGGCGCCCUCGGUUCGAUCGUUGACAACUACCCUGACGACCGUGCACUCGGCUGCGCCCUCGACUCAGUUGUACAACACACACAACAAUCACCAUGGACACCACAAUGGCAGCUCGACAAGUGGGUCUACGAACCAGCAGGUUCAAUUCUCUCAUCAGUUUCCCUCAACCUCAUCGCCGGCCACCGCAGUCCCUUCACACUUGGUUCCCCAUCAUUCUAUGACCUACAGCACCGCAACCGCCAACAAUGUUUUGACUGAUAAUGCUUCUCUCCUCACCCUCGCGAGCUCUUCUAAGCGACGCCGCCGCAACUCUCUCGAUACCAAUGCAUCUGUCCGUGCAUUGGCUCCGUCCUCAGUAUUCGGUGGUAGCCGCGAAAGCCUGCCACUGAGUGUUUUGAGUGGAAACACAAAUGAAGCAUCCAACACAUCUGUUUUCAAUGCUUCCGGUGUCCUUAGUCGACCAAGCAUUGUUGGACUUGCUAGCGCAGAGCGCAUCAGUGUUUAUUCGUCCUCCGGGGCUGCCCCACUAGCUACUAGCGCCGAGCGAACUGGCUUCUACACUACCAAACAAACGGCCAGUGGUGACGGAGCCAGCAUUCGCAGUGGUGUGCAAUCGCACAGUCGAAAUGACAGUACUGCUGCCAGCAUCGUAGGUGGUGUUAGCUCUCCACUAGCCCUUACUGGUCGCGUGAGCCGCAGAAGCUCCGGCUGGGGAGAAAUUACUGGUGAAGAGGAAAACAACGAGGAUAAGCGGACUGAAAUGAAGGAGGAAGAUGAACUGGCGACCGAAGAUGGGAAUGGCUCUGAUGAGCCACCGAAGGAAUGA